AUGCAGGCUACUCUGCGUCUGCCCUGGAAAUGGCUGCUCUGCUUUCUGGCUGCCCCCUGGCCCAGCCAGCCAGAAAAACUAUUCCACAGUCGGGACCACUCAGAUCUAGAGGAGUCUGUCCUGCGCCAAGCAAAGCCUGUCACUGACCUGCAUUCUGCUCAGUUGUUCUUAUCCAAAUAUGGCUGGACAGAGGGGUCCAGGAAACUCCUGGCAGCGGGACUCAGCGGAAACCCAGGCCUCAGGGAGGCCAUCGCCAAGUUCCAGUCAUUUAAUCGGUUACCAGUGACUGGACAGCUGGACAAAGCCACCCUGGCCGCGAUGAACCAGCCCCGGUGUGGCAUGCCCGACCACCAGCUCCCGGGGGCAACAGUGCCAAGGAUCAUGCCCAGGGGAGGAAGCUUGGACCCAAGUCCCAGAGAGCACCCCAAAUGGUUCUCAGCGCUGCUGGGCAGGCAGAGGCCAAAGCGGAGCCCCCCGCGGGCUUUCUCCAGGAGGCUGCUGAGAUGGAGGCUGGUGGGGGAAGGCUACAGCAGCCAGCUGUCCAUCGAGGAGCAGAGGUUCGUCUUCAGGCUGGCCUUCCGGAUGUGGAGUGAGGUGACCCCACUGGUGUUCAAAGAGGACCAGCUAUCUCCCCCAGCCCUCGUAGACAUCAAGUUGGGAUUCGGAACGGGCCAACACCUGGGCUGCAGCCGGCCCUUCGAUGGCAGCGGCCAGGAGCUGGCCCACGCCCGGCACUUCGGGGACAUCCACUUCGACGACGACGAGCACUUCACGUCCCCCAGCAGCGACAGCGGCAUCAGCCUGCUCAAAGUGGCAGUGCAUGAAAUCGGCCACGUCCUGGGCCUGCCUCACCUGGACCAGACGGGGUCCAUCAUGCAGCCGGGCUACACGCACCCAGAGACGGAGUUUGAACUGGGCUGGGAGGACAGGAGAGCCAUCCAAGCCCUGUACGGCUCGUGUGAAGGACCGUUUGACACUGCCUUUGACUGGAUCCGCAAAGAGAAAACCCACUACGGGGAGCUGGUCGUGAGCUUUAGCACGUAUUUUUUCCGCAGCGGCUGGUACUGGCUUUACGAGAACCGUCACAACAGGACCCGCUACGGGGAUCCAAUCCUCACCCCCGUCGGAUGGCACGGAAUUCCCUCUCAUGACCUCGACGCUUACAUCCACGUGUGGAUGUGGGGAAGGGAUGAGCGCUACUUUUUCCAAGGGAAUCACUACUGGCGAUACGACAGUGACAACGACCAGGCGUACGAGGAGGACGAACAAGGCAUCCGCUAUCCCCGGCUAAUCUCGGAAGGCUUUCCGGGCGUCCCAAGCCCCCUGGACACAGCCUUCUAUGACCGACGGACGGGGUUCAUUUACUUCUUCCAGAAGUCUUCUGUGUACGCGUUUGAUGUCAGCAGAAACCAAGUGGCUGAUUCUUAUCCGAAGAGGAUGACAGACGUUUUCCCGGCUGUGAUGGCCCAGGACCACCCCGUGAGAGACCUCGAUUCGGCCUACUUCUCCUACGCACACAACGCCAUCUUCCUCCUCAAAGGCAACUCCUACUGGAGAGUGGUGAACGCCAGGGACCGCCAGCACGACCCUUCUCUCGCCUUCAAUGGGUUGCUGCCCAGACAGUCCAUCUCGCAGAAAUGGUUCGACAUCUGUGACGUCCAUCCCUCCACCCUGACAAUGAACUAGCCCGACUCCCCGGGCUUCUGGGUGUGCGGCUGCUCGCAGAGAGGACGGAGCUGGGCAAGAAGAGGAAGGCCAAAGCUCUCACCGCGGCCCACUUUCCCAAAGGGCAGGGCCAGGCUGAGAACGCAGGACUAGAACCCAAACUCCCUCCUUGGAGAGGGGUCCCAGGAGGCUGCCGGCCUCCCUCCUCAGCCUUCUUUCUGUCCCCUCACCACGCUCCCGGCCUUCCUUUCUCCACGCGGUUUUCUGUGCUCUUGUUUAGGAGGGAGCAGCAACUUGAAGGAGCAGAAGGGGCUUGAGCACAGGGAUCUCAAAGCACCCUCUGGAAGCUGCUGCCUGUCAGGCUUUUCCCCUUCUAUCAAUAACCCCCCCUAAGCGGGGUGCAAGACCCUUUCUCAUCUUUAAAAAAACAAAGAAAAACCGGAGCUGCUGGGUUUGACGCGGAAUGACUUCAAGGGAAGACCGUCAGCGGGACGACGAGGCCCCGAGUGAGCAUUUGCCCCCAAGGAGCAGGCAGGAAUCUUCCCUCCUUUCCGCCCCGUUUUACACAAAAGCAGCAGGACUUGUCAUGGGAGGCAGCGCCGGGGAAGCUCCCAGAUCCGUUUCUGCUCGUGGAGGUGCACAGACCCCCCUUCGCAGGCAGACUGCCCAGCCACGCGGAGGGGCCCAGGCCAAGCGGGGCUUCCCACAGGCUGACAAGGGCCGGCACCGAUGUUCGGUCUGCAAUCAUAAGCCAAGGGGCCUCGGCGACGCGUCUCAGCCCAUCUGGGCUCUGAGGAAAUGAAGAGACAAAGAGAUGGCGGAGAGGAACCAAGGAGCGUCCCGGAGGCCUCCGAAGCUGGGGACGAUGGACAGCCAGCCAGAGCCCAGGGUCAUCGUCAUGGCGACGGGGGUCUCAGGCCUCCUGGGACCUCUGGGGUCUGCCCCAGUGGGGAGUCCAGGCUGAAAAGGGA